GAAAAAAGGACCCGCGGAAUGCAUUUACUGUACAAAAUGUAUUUUGUCCAAUCAACGGAAAGUUCCGUUUCACUUUUCAUGGCAACAAUGGAAAUUACCGUUGCGAUGAACCUUACCCCGAGCUUAGCAACUGUCCCCAUGGCAACACGUUGGAGUUCCGUUUUCACCAAUGUACCUUUCCAGACACUUCAACAAGGAGAAUCAGUUACGGGUUAGGAGUUGAGUUCUUGAAUCCACAACGACUAAACUCCAACUGUUUUUCGCUAUCUGCAGCCAGUUGUGGGAAGGCAGUUACCCUUAAGGUUCCAUCUCGGAGUCUUCCUGCUCCAGUCCUCACCACCAUGUGUGAAUUUCCUUCUUGGUUCCAAGGUCGUUGGGAGAACCUGGAAGUCAGUGGUAAUAAAUUUGUUUAUGAAGACCAUAGAAAACUCCAGGCGAUCACUGCAUGGUGUGUCACCAUGGAAACCAACACUCCAUUCGAACUUUUCCACAUAUAUACCGUCACCCAGUGUGGUGAUGAAGCCUACAACUGUGUCUGGCUCCAGCAAAGAACUGAAAAUAUCGUGGAGCUUCAAUUAGGAGUUUCUUCAAGCAGUGAAUAUAUUCCAUCAUUCUGUCGGAACCACCGGUUCGAACCUCACACUUGGGUAACCCUUGGAAGAAUAGAUGUCACCGAGUCUGAAUCCUGUCCGAUCUCAGGAACCUACAUUGGAGCGGCAUCUGGUGGAGAAAGAUUGUGUGCUAAACUGGCUACAGAUUGUGACAGCCCAGAUAUCUUAUUUUAUUCAAUUAGGGGUUGUAAAGACAAGCCGUAUUCGUAUGGAGCCUCAAGUGGAAGUGUAAACCACCAAUCACAGAGCUUCUAUGGUGAUCUUCAAGAGCACGAACCAAUAGGUAAGGUGAAGUGUUAAUAGUUUUAAAUGUAUUGUAAAAAAUACAUUUUUCAUCAGAGACGACCUU